AUGGAAGUUCCACGCCGCUCUUUUGCCGCGUCUCUCUCUCCUCUCCGGCUAAUCGAUGGACUCCCUCGUCGAAGGAGUUUAAAUUACAAUCAGAUGCCUGAAGAACCGAUCAAACUCACUGUUCUCAAACUUGAUGGAUCUUCUUUUGGUAUUGAAGUGUUGAAGACAGCUACAGUAAGGGAGCUUAAGAUGGCUGUAGAAGCUGCGUUUUCUCAUUUACCCAACACAGGCACUGGCAAAAUCUCAUGGCCACAUGUUUGGGGACAGUUCUGCUUAUCCUAUGAAGAUCAAAGAUUGAUUAACGAUGCUGAGUACCUCAUUGAAUUCGGCAUUAAAGACGGAGAUCAGCUUCGAUUCAUACGCCAUAUCUCAAACUACUGCAUCUUGAUGAUGAAGCACAAGAGCAAGACACCGCGUGUUUCUUCUUUCAAACAACUCAAACUGUUCACAACAAAACCGGAAACCCGGAAAAUAAAGGCAAGGGAAGAUCAAGAAGACGGUGUUGACUCCAUCCCUCGGACACAACCAAGCUUUCUAGCGACUGUAUUGGGAGGUUGGCUCUCUUAUAAGUCAACACCAAGUCAUCGUAGAAACGUGACUACUUCUACUUCGAGUCACCGCAGGGUUUUUGACAAAAUCAUUGCAAGGUUUCGUUUCAAGUGUUACUCGGAGAAGGAUGUGUGGAACAGAAAAAAACUCAUCUCCGAAACAUAA